AUGUCAAACCCUUGGUUGACGCCCCGCCGUGCUUCCGCCCUAUCCCCUCCGUCUCUCGCCGCUGGUGAUGACCAGAACCCCAUCCCUCCUCUUCCCCCCGACCCUCCUGACCUUGGCCAAUACCCUCCACUUUCUCCCUCUUCCACCAAAACCAUCCUUGCCCGUAAUUCUUCCCCCAAAACUGUUGUUUCUGUCAAAGGAACUUCUACCUCUACCGUUGGCUCUGCUGAAGCUAAGUCAACUCUUAAGCCUAAGAUUAUUGGAUCUGAAGGCAAAACUGAAGCUCCUCUUCCAGCUUCUGUUACUCCUCCUCCUACUGUUAAUGUGUCUCCUGCAGCUCAGCAAGAGCCACAAAAAUCUUUUGUUCAGCAAAUGCCACAAAAUUCCUCUACUCAGCAGACUCCUUCCCUAGUUGAAAAAAUCAGAAGAUUAGAGGAUAAGUCCCUCACGAGGCUUGCCCCAGUGUCUUUUGCAGAGAAUGGAAGGCAAACUAUGAGGGUUAGUGAGGCUAACUGUUUGUUACAAGUUGUACAGGUGAAAGCAUUGGAAGCUCCUACUGAAACUAACCUGUUGCAGGAGAGGGAAGCACUUCAAAAAUGGUUGUUCUUGCGCCAGAUUGAAGAAUCCUACUUUCGCCAAAAAUCAAGGGUUAACUGGCUUAAAGAGGGAGACCAGAACACUGCAUAUUUUUUCAGAGUAUUUCAAACUAGAGUCAGCUACAACUCCAUUCGUACAUUCCAACUGUCCUCAGGAAUCUUCAUCUCUGAUCCUCUGCUCAUGAGUCACCUCGCCAUAAAACACUUUCAGAGUAUCCUCGGUCCUGAAACGCUUCACCCACUCCUGCUCACUUUGCAUCCUUCUUGGUUCUCUGACCUGACUGGUUUUGUGUUCCCUCAACGCUUAACUGCCUCAAUGACCUCUAUCCCUUCAAGCACUGAGAUCACUAAGGUUAUGUUCAAACUCAACCCAAAUAAGGCCCCCGGGCCGGAUGGUCUGACCUCUGGAUUUUUCAAGGCUACUUGGUCUCUACUGGGUGAUGAGGUUGUCUGUUCUAUCACUGAUUUCUUCCUCAACUCUUUCCUUCCAGCCACAACAAACUCAGCUAUCUUGUCUCUAGUGCCCAAGAGGCUGGGUGCUUCCUUCAUCACCGACUAUCGGCCAAUUGCUUGCCUAAACACUAUAUACAAAGUGAUCUCUAGGCUACUGGUACGUCGUCUGAAGCCGGUCUUGUCCUCCAUCAUUGUUCCAAAUCAGACCGCAUUUGUCAAAGACAGACUUCUUCUCGAGAACACUGUUCUUGCGGGUGAACUGGUCAACGGAUAUCACAAGAGACAUGGUCCUAAAAGGAUUACCAUAAAGGUUGACAUUGCAAAGGCUUUUGAUACUCUCUCUUGGGAGUUCCUUUUCAACUGUUUGCAGGGGCUAGGGGUUCCAGAAAUUCUAACUGGCUGGCUAAGGAAAUGUGUCUGCACUACUAACUUCAUGAUAGGAUACAACGGUCGGGUUCAAGGUUACUUUAAAGGGAAGCGGGGCUUAAGGCAGGGUGAUCCUCUUUCUCCUUAUCUCUUUGUGGUAGCGAUGAACAUCCUCUCCGUUAUGCUGAACAAAGCCGCUGCGGACCUAAAGAUUAAGUAUCAUCACAAGUGUGCUACUUCCAAGCUCACCCACCUUUGCUUCGCUGACGACCUCCUUAUAUUCAUUGACGGUUCUAUAGAAUCAGUGCAGAAUGUCCUCCAGGUCCUUAAGGAGUUUGAGAUGCGGUCUGGGUUGGCGGUUAGUAUAGAGAAGUCCUCCUUCUUUGCCUCGGGCCUUACUCAACAAGAAUUAGAUGCCAUCAAAGUCUCCACUGGAAUGCAACAAGGAUCCCUCCCGGUUCGUUACUUAGGAGUCCCACUAAGUUCGAAAAAACUCUCCCUGGCUAACUGUGAGGUCCUCCUGCAUCAAAUAAAAGGAAAGAUGACUUCUUGGAGUGCAAAAACUCUAUCCUUUGCAGGACGACUGUUACUCAUUAAGACUGUCAUAGCGGGCAUUAAUAACUUUUGGUGCUCAACAUUCAUCCUUCCUAAAGAAUGCAUCCGGCGUAUCAACUCUAUAUGUGGUCACUUCCUGUGGCAAAGAAACUUAGAAGGAGUCCAUAACGCUAGGGUAUCUUGGGAGAUGGUUACUAAGACUAAGAAAGAGGGAGGACUAGGCAUCAAAGAUUUGGGAAUUUGGAACAAGGCAUGUUGUUUAAAGCUCAUCUGGCUACUAUUCUUCCAAUCAGGUUCAGUUUGGGUCGCAUGGUACAGAAAUGAGGUGCUAAACGGGUGUAUUAACAACUUUUGGACAGCAAAGAAAAGCCCUACGAACUCAUGGCUGGAUAACAAACUCCUAAAGCUACGAGGAGAGGUGUUUACCUGGAUAAAAUUGCGUGUGGGAGAUGGGACUGAUUGUCGGUUUUGGACUGAUAAUUGGUCUUCAUUUGGCUCCCUACAGACAUAUCUCCUUAGAAAUUCGACGUCAAGGUUAGGCAUUCCAGCGACAGCUACUCUUUCAGAGAUCAAUGAGGAUGGAAACUGGCUGCUCCCUCCUGCUCGUUCAGAAGAACUUCUAAACCUCCAAGUUUAUCUUACUGAACUCACAUUAACUGCAGGAAAAGACCGUUAUGAAUGGGUGCUGGAAGAUAAACCUCUAACUAAGUUUGUGACUGGAGAUGUCUAUACUAAGCUGAAGGGGGAGACUCAAACAUUACCAUGGACAAAAUUGGUGUGGAUCAAAGGUGGUGUCCCUAAACAUAGUUUUCUCACUUGGCUCUUUGCUCUUGACCGAUGUCCAACUCGUGAUCGCCUCCUCCGAUGGGGCCUGCAAACAGACUCUAACUGUCUUCUCUGCAACAUGGCUGAUGAGUCUCGGGACCAUCUUUAUUUUCUGUGCCCUUUUGCGUGGAGUCUAUGGACAUUAGUGGCGCAAAGAUGUAGACUUGUCUACGAUAGACGUUGGGAUCACUGCCUCACUCAACUACAAUCACUAUCAGGCAACAAAUAUGUGAGAAGGGUUACCUUGUUGGGAUGGCAAUCAACCGUUUAUUGGAUUUGGAGUGAAAGGAACAAUAGACUACAUCGAAACUCUUACCGCACGGUGGAUGCUCUGUUUCGUCUUCUCGACAGACAAAUUAGAGAUAAGUUUUUGAGUCAUCGUGAUCACAAUCCCCUUCUGGCGUCGAAACUUAUGCAAAUCUGGCUCCCAUCUGAUUGA